UUAUAUUUUUCUUGAAAAAUUUGACAUAUGACUUUUUGAUUGAAAUAUAAACUAUAUUCAUUUCUGAAUAAGAAUAACAAACAAUAUUUCAAAGAUAACAAUCAGAUAUAUUUUAAAUUAAUUUUUUAAAAGGGUCACUUUUGUUUACUUUUGCUCUUUAAAAUAGGCCUAAAUUUAAAAUCCCAACAGUUUCCUCACUAAUUAUCCGAUUUUAAAAAUUUUUUCGGUUUUAUGAUAUUUAGCUCUACCACUGUACAAGUUUUUAAUACUACUAUUUUCGUUGUUAACAUGGAUUUCAUUGGUUGUUACAGGCUAAAAUAUUUAGUUUAUUUGAAUUUCAACCAAUCAGAGGCUUUCUUACAAAAUCGUUUGGCAGCCAUUUUGUUUACAAAUUUCACAUGUGCUUUCCUGUUGACUGGAUAUCUUCAUACAGUUAGCACAUAAUUUUGUGUUGUUUACAUCUUGUGUUAGUCUAUAAUUCUAGCUAAGCAUUAAAAAAAUGGGGAAAAAGGCAAAACAACGUAAUGAUCGUCCAAAGAAGAGAAAAUUUCACGGUAAUAUGUAUUUUAAAAAGUUAAAGUUCGAUGGUGAUUGUGAUAAGGAAAAUGAAAGUAGCUCUGUCACAGAGUCUGUGAUUGAAGAUGUUGUCCAGGAUAUUGAUAAUGAAAGUAGCCAUGGGGAUGCUGAACAGAUAAGUACAAAUACAUCUUUUAUGAAAUUAAACUCAAGUGUAAAUGUUGAAAAUUCUUAUUCUGAUAGCAAUACAGGUUACAGGUUAUUUGAUCUCCAAAAUUUAGUUAACUUUAUGAGAGUAUUUCCAUGUCCCUCUUGUGAGGAGCAUUGUGGUUUUGAUUUAACUGAAAAUAAUUGUGGAUUGUCCUGCAAAGUUUCCUUUUCUUGUAUAAAAUGUAAGGAAACAUUUACUUUAAAUAGUUCUAAUGAGAAUAUUAACUUAAGAUUUCAGUUAUCAAUGUACUCAAUAGGUUGCCACUAUGAGCAAGGUAAGAAAUUAUUAGGUAAUAUGAAUAUGCCCCCUCCUGUUAGUGUAACUCGCAGCAAUCAUUUUAAAAGUAGGAUACAUAAUGCUACAGCAAUAGUUGCUAACACUGUACAAGAAGAAGCAGCAUCAGAGCUUAGAAGUUCUCAAUUGUCUGAAGAUGUCACAGUAUCUUGUGAUGGCACUUGGCAGAGACGCGGCUUUGUAUCUAAAAAUGGAGUAUCCACUGUCUUGUCUGUCAAUCCUAAAGGUCCUCCUAAAGUUAUUGAUACUUUUACAAGUAGCAGCUACUGUGAUAAGUGUUCCAAGAGCAAAAAGAAGCUUUCCCCUGAACAGUUCUUGAUAUGGAAAGAAAAGCAUGCAGAAGAGUGUGAGCAAAAUCAUGUUGGAACCGCAGGAGCGAUGGAGCCGCAAGGAAUUCUUAAAAUAUUUCAACGGUCACAGGAAAAGUAUGGAUUAAAUUAUGUAGGUUAUCUAGGGGAUGGUGAUUCCAAAAGUUAUAAAACUGUUGCAGAUGCAGACCCAGAAAUUUAUACAGGUAAGAGUAUCACUAAGUAUGAAUGUUGCGGACAUGUCCAAAAGCGCAUGGGGCGCAGAUUGAUGGACAAGGUAAGUGAAUGCAAAGGAAAACUUUAUAAAGAGAAUGGAAAGCAAUAUAAAGGUAUAGGAGGAGCAGGUAGGCUUACACAAUCAGCAAUUAAGAGAAUACAGGGUCAUUAUGGUGGUGCUAUUAGAAAAAAUGCAGGUAAUAUUGUUGCAAUGAAAAAGGCUGUUUGGGCUAUUUGGAAACAUAGGACAGGUGUACAUGAUGAUUGUGGAAAGUGGUGUAUUGGACAAAAGGACUUGGAUAAAGCAAAUAAGAAUAAGCUACCUAAAUUUGUAACAGAUGAAAUUAAACCAGUAUUUGAGAUCCUCUCAUCCAAUGCUUUAUUAGAGAAGUGUUUGCACGGCGGUACACAGAAUGCGAAUGAAUCUUUUCACAAUUUAAUUUGGAAGAGGUGUCCAAAGACAGUCUUUGUAGGAAAAAAGAGGUUGGAAAUAGCUGUACAUGAUGCUACUAUUGUUUAUAAUCAAGGGGAGUUGGGUCGCAGAGAAGUUUUUAAACUUUUAGGCUUAGAUUGUGGUUUUUAUGCCGAGGCGUCAUUUCGAGCUUCGGAUAAAAAGAGAAUUAUGUCUUCAUUGAGUGUCCAACAAAACCAGAAUUGUAUGUCCAAGAGCUCAAAAACUAGAGUAACUAAUGCAGAUGAUCACAUAGAUGAUAUAUAUAUACCUGGGGGCUUUUAGGUUCAAUUUAGUAAUCAGAAUUUGUCAAAUCUUUCAGUUUUUCUUAAUUUUCUCAAAAUAUGAAUUUUUGGUAUAUUUUUGACACGGAUGUCAAGAUUAUUCAAAAACUAUUUAAGCUUUAGCUAUCAAACUUUCAGACAUUGUUCCUCUCCCAAGUGUGCACCAAACAUGCUAUUUUUAUGCAGUUUGCUAUUAGAGUUUAAAAGUUAUGACUUGUGAACAUAUCCCUACCCCUACUACUUUUUUGAAAAAUUAUAGUCACUUGGGUAAAAAUUCAUAAAAAAAAAAGUUUUUAUUGGUUUUAAAUAAUUAUAGUUCAGAUUGUGUAUUUUAAGUAAAGCUUCAAGGCUUGAUAAUUUGUUUUUUAAUAUCUUAAGUAGAACUUAAAUCAUCUUGACAUUACUAACAAUAACUUUUUGGGUGAUUUUAGCCCAUUUUGACCAUAAAACAUUAAUUUUUUUCCAGAAUUAUACUUUAAGGUGGGUUUAUUAAUGUUUUUUAUCAAUACAGUACCUAUCCAAACAUAUAUAAACACAUUUGAAUUAAUGUAUGUGCAUUUUUCAAUUUGGGGGUUUAACCUGC